AUGAAGGAAAAGGAGAUGGAGGAGAUGGAGGUGAUGGAGGAGAUGGAGGUGGAAGUGAAUGAGGAGAUGGUGAUGGAAGAGGUUGUCAUCAUGGUCCAUGGAGAGUUGAGAACAGAGACAAAUGAUCAACAGGAUGAAGAUGUGGCUGUAGUACAAGCCAAAAGAAGAUAUAAACGUGAAUGGGUGAAAUUUGCAAAAGCCUGCAGAGAAGAAGAAGACAAUUCUAAGAAAAACCCAAUUGCAAAAAUUUCUUCAGAUUUCCUAGCAACCCAGAAAGUUUUCUACCGAAUUUCUGGAGUGGGAGUUGAUCAGCCUCCUUUUGGGAUCUUCAUUGUUGACAAGAACACUGGAGAAAUUAACAUAACCUCCAUCGUUGACCGUGAAAAAACACCAAGUUUCCAGAUCACAUGUCAUGCUGAAAAUAUUCACGGGCGUCCUGUAGAAAAACCACUUAUACUGACAGUUAAAAUUUUAGAUAUUAAUGACAAUCCUCCAGUAUUUUCACAAACAAUAUUCCAGGGUGAAGUUGAAGAAAACAGUGCCUCAAACACACUGGUGAUGAAACUAAAUGCCACAGAUGCAGAUGAACCAAACCAUUUGAACUCUAAAAUUGCCUUCAAAAUCGUCUCUCAGGAGCCUGCAAGCAUACCUAUGUUCCUCAUAAGCAGACACACUGGGGAAGUCCAUACUUUGACUAAUGCUCUUGAUCGAGAGCAAAUUAGCAGCUAUACUUUGGUUGUGAGUGGUGCUGAUAAAGAUGGAGAAGGAUUAUCAACUAAAUGCGAAUGUAAUAUUAAAGUGAAAGAUGUCAAUGAUAAUUUCCCAAUGUUCAAAGAAUCAAAGUAUGCUGCACGUAUUGAGGAAAACACGUUAAGUUCUGAGUUGUUGCGGUUUCAAGUAACAGAUUUGGAUGAAGAAUUCACAGAUAAUUGGUUUGCAGAAUAUUUUUUUACCUCUGGAAAUGAAGGAAAUUGGUUUGAGAUUCAUACUGACACCAAAACAAAUGAAGGCAUCCUGAAGGUGGUGAAGGUUCUAGAUUAUGAACAGCUACAAAAUAUACAACUUGGUAUUGCUGUCAAAAACAAAGCUGAAUUUCAUCAAUCAGUAAUUUCUCAAUAUCGAGUCCACUCAACUCCAGUCACAAUUCAAGUGAUCAAUAUAAAAGAAGGUAUUAAAUUUAAACCAGCUAACAAAACAUUUACGGUCCAGAAAGGCAUAAGUAGUAAAAAACUGAUCAAUUAUAUCCUGGGACUAUAUCAAGCCAUUGAUGAAGACACUGGCAAAGCUUCUUCAUCCAUCAGAUAUGUCAUGGGACGUAACGAUGGUGGUUUGUUAGCCAUUGAUUCAAAAACUGCUCAAAUCAAAUUUGUCAAAAACAUCGAUCGGGACUACUCUUUCAUAGUUAACAAGACAAUCACAGCUGAGGUUCUAGCCAUAGAUGAAACCACAGGUAAAACUGCUACAGGCACCAUUUAUGUUAAAGUACCUGGUUUCACUGAAAAGUGUCCUACAAUUGUUUUUGACAAGGAGGUAAUUUGUAGUUCAUCUCCUCUGGUGAUUGUCUCAGCAAACGUACAGGACAGAGAUAAAUACUCUGGCCCCUACACCUUUUCACUGGAGGAUCAAGGUGUAAAGUUGCCAGUAGUAUGGAGUAUCACAACAAUCAAUGCUACUUCCUCACUCAUAAAAGCCCAGUCACAGAUAUCUCCUGGGACAUACAAGAUUCCUCUUGUAGUUACGGAUAAUCAGAACCAGUUGUGUGAUAUACCAGAGAAUUUGAGCCUGCAAGUCUGUCAAUGUGAUGAUAGGGGGCAAAACUGUGGGAGUCAUGUUCCAAACAAAGGCGUAGAUCCCUCAAAAGAAAAUAGGUCAUGGGCAAGGCUAGGGCCUGCUGCCAUUGGCCUACUACUGCUUGGUCUUCUGCUGCUGCUGUUGGCCCCUCUUUUGCUGCUGACCUGUGAUUGUGGGACAAAGCCUAUUGGAGGAGGAGUAGGUGGAUUUGUUCCAGUUCCUGAUGGUUCUGAAGGAACAAUUCAUCAGUGGGGAAUUGAAGGAGCUCAUCCUGAAGACAAGGAAAUCACAAAUAUCUGUGUGCCACCUAUAACAACCAAUGGAACUGAUUUCAUAGACAAUUCUGAAGUUUGUACAAAUACAUAUGCUGGAGGGACGGUAGAAGGAGCUUCAGGAAUGGAACUGGCCACCAAGCUUGGAACAUCUAAUAUUUGUGCAACCACUGGAGGGUAUAGCACAGCCAUUUGUACUGUAGGACACUCUGGAACAAUGAGAACACGCCACUCCACUGGAGGAAGCAAUAGAGACUAUGGUGAAGGAGCAAUAAGCAUGAAUUUCCUGGACUCCUACUUUUCUCAGAAAGCAUUUGCCUGUGCAGAGGAAGACGGUGGUCAGGAAGCAAAUGAUUGCUUGCUGAUCUAUGAUAAUGAAGGAAUGGAUGCUCCAAGUUCUCCUGUAGGCUCGAUAGGUUGUUGCAGUUUUAUUGCUGAAGAAAUAGACGACAGUUUUCUGGACUCACUUGGCCCCAAAUUUAAAAAGCUUGCAGAAAUAAGCCUUGGAGUCAGCCUGGAUGAUGUCAACCUAUCUCAGUCACACAUUACAGGAAGUAGUUCUGGGGUUGAACCUUGUGGUCAUUCUAUAAAUAUCCAGACUCUACAACCAGCCAUUUCCAUUCCUGACCCUUUGCAAGGAGGUAGCUUUGUGGUAACAGAUACUUGCAUCCCUUCUGGUUCCUUUAUGCAACCUUCCACUGCAGUCUUUGACCCACGAAUCACACAAAAUGUGAUAGUGAGAGAAAGAGUGAUAUGUCCCAUUUCUAAUGUUCCUGGCAAUGUAGUUUGUCCAACAGAGAUACAAGGGUCAUGUAAUAUAAUUUGCCCGCAAGAUCCUUGUUCUCGUCUAAUAUGA